UAGGUUUAUAUUCCCGACCCACACGGGCCACACAUACCCACCCCCGCCCAUCUCAGAUCUCACGUGACUGACAAACCUCCCUUCAGCGACGGAGUCACCACCGGCGCCGCCAUCAUCAUCUUUUUUAUAAAUGUCCCUUUUGAAGAAUUUUGUUCGUGACAUAAAUACCGAAUUUGCGGACAGCCCGUCUUCGUUUCCAGUUUCGUUGAAUCAACAUCUGAUGGACGUAUUCGGCUACACUGCUUCCAGACAAUUGUCACAAAUGUUAUUUGCCGUAUUCUUUUUCCAUGGUUCCGAAUACUUAUUAGCAAUCAUAUUUCACGGGAAAUCUAACGUAACCCUUAACUCGCUUCUAAUCAGCCAACAAUACAUCUUAGCCAUGAUCCUUUCCGUCCUAGAAUAUUUACUCGAACUUUACUUUUUCCCUGGUUUAAAGGAAUAUUGGUGGAUAAGCAAUUUAGGACUUGUUAUGGUCGUUGUUGGGGAAGUUAUAAGGAAACUUGCUAUUAUAACUGCUGGACGGGCUUUUACGCAUCUUAUUCAGAGACAUCACGAGGUACAUCAUAAGUUGGUAACUCAUGGAGUUUAUAGUAUUGUUCGUCAUCCGGGAUACACGGGUUUCUUGAUUUGGUCGGUUGGUACGCAAGUAAUGUUGUGUAACCCGUUGGCAACCAUUGCAUUUACGCUAGUUGUUUGGAACUUUUUUCAUAGAAGAAUACCAUACGAGGAGUACUUCUUGAGACGCUUUUUCGGGGAUUAUGAAGAGUUUGCUAAACGGGUUCCUUCUGGCAUUCCAUUUGUGCAGUGAUGAUAAAACUAACGCAUUACCAUUUGUAAGUUCAUAUCCUUUUACAGGGGUAGGCUAAAGCUCUGAUAUGCUUGCUUGGUCAUUUUUGAUGUUUAAUAUGUUUCUGUUGUAAAUUAUCAUCCGAGUUAUGGAAUCGCUUGAUAGGAUUUGGAUCUGCAAACUAGGAGCCAGAUUUUUAGUAGUUUAUUGAUAUCGAUACCUACGUUUGCUAUGGUAGUCUGGUACACUUUGUUUGUUUAGAUUGUGUUAAGGAUUUACACAUUUAGCAUAACUAAUUGCCAUCACAUUUAGCAUAA